AUGACUUCUGCUCUGCAGCCCAGAGAGUGCACAGUGACCAAGAAGCCCCAGAAGAAGUACGGCUUCUUCCUGCGGGUUGAGCAGGACACGGCAGGACACAUCAUCCGGAACGUGGAGCGCGACAGCCCGGCCGACAGGGCUGGCCUGCAGGAUGGAGACAGAGUGCUCAGGGUUAACGGUGUCUUCGUGGACAAGAAGGAGCAUGCACAGGUGGUGGAGAUGGUCAAAGCCAGCGGGAAUUCCGUUGUGCUCCUUGUUCUGGAUGAUGCAUCCUAUGAAAAGGCACAAAAGGAGGGAGUGAACUUGGAAGGGCUGGGUCAAAAGACAUCCACAGGCCAACAGCAGGAGCAGCAGUGCCCACCAUCCACGGCCACUGCAGCUCCACAGCCCCGCCUCUGCUACCUGGUGAAGGAGGAGACAGGCUACGGCUUCUCCCUGAAAAGCACAGAAGGACAGAAGGGGUUGUUCAUAGUAGAGCUUUCAUCACAAGGAGCAGCUGCAAAGGCUGGUGUCCAAAAUAACGAUCGCCUGAUUGAAAUCAAUGGAAAAAAUGUGGAAAAUGACACCCACGAGGAAGUGGUGGAAAAGGUAAAGAAGUCUGAAAAUCAUGUUAUGUUUCUACUUUCAAAUGAAGAAACAGACCGCUAUUUCACAAGCCAGAGGAUAGCACUGAACAAAGAGAGCGCCAGCCUAAGGUUGCUUCCCCUCAAACCUCGACUUAUUGAGAUCCAGAAGGGAAAAAGCGGUUAUGGAUUUUAUCUACGGAUGGAACAAAAUACUGGUGACCACGUAAUCAAAGAUGUAAAUUCUGGAAGCCCAGCAGCCAUGGCAGGUCUAAAGGACAAUGACAUCUUAGUGGCUGUCAAUGGCGAGCGAAUGGAUGGGCUGGAUCACGAAAGCGUAGUGGGAAAAAUUAAGCAGUCUGGGGAAAAAACCUCCCUGCUGGUGGUGGAUAAGGAAACUGACAGCAUGUACAAACUGGCUCAAAUUUCCCCUUUCUCAUACUACUACAAAGCACAGGAUUCAACCCCAGCUAAAAUGGAGGAAAGAGUGGAGUUGCACACUGAGCAGAAAGUGAACCACAAGCCAAGGAUCUGCAAGAUGGUGAAAGGACCUAAUGGAUUUGGCUUCAGUUUAAACAUGAUCAAGAACAAACCUGGAUUGUUCAUCACUGAGGUACAAAGCCAGGGAGCAGCUGGCAGAGCAGGUGUGGAAAACAACGACUUCUUGGUGGAAGUGAACGGAGUGAAUGUGACCAGCGAAUCCUAUGACAAGGUGGUGGCAAGGAUCCAAAGCACUGGGGACAGACUGACACUGCUGGUGUGCAACAAAGAUGCUUACAGGUACUUCCAAGGCCAAAACAUUCCCAUCACAGCCUCCAUGGCAGAGUCAGACACUCCCGAGCCUCCUUCUCACACAGAAAACCAUCCACCAGAGCCAGAGAGGAACUCACCUGAGCCAAGGGAAAGGGCAGACUCAUCCUCCUCCUCCCAAUCAGCAGCCUCCACAAGAGCUGACAGUGACAACAGUGAUGACACAAAGCUGUGAAGAGACAAAACUACGCCAAGAACAACAAAAAAGUAACCUGCCAAAUCUUUUCUUCAGUUCUUCUCUGCUAUUCCACCUCUCAGAACUUGGCUGUUCCAAGGAGUACCAGAACCAUAAAGGACUGCAAACUCUUGCUGCAAUAAACACUUCAGUGUAACUUGCAUCCAUUUAACACUCUGCAAUUGUGCUCCACUGGCACAAUUUCUGCCUUG